AUGAUGAAGUCGACAUCUUCUCGAAUUCAAAGGUUCAAUCGUUUGAGUGAGAAGAUACCACACGUGAAGGACCCGAGGAUGCUGCUCUGCAUUCUACACGCUGGUGCUGAAUUGAGAGUUCCUCCUUCCCACUCGUGUCUGCUCGCCAUCAUACCACAAAUCCGCCUACUCUUGCUCUCGAGAGUGCCGACCACUGUUAAGGAUGACUUCAAUUCUCUGGAUGCUUGCUACACCCUUGGGUGA